UUUCCAAGUGGCUAGGAACGAUUUAUGAGGCCACUGUUUCAUUCCGGUUGCACGUGCCAAGGGAAACAACACGGGGGCGCUUUGAUAAUACUGGAGAAAAAUUAUUUGUUUUUUAUAAUUUGAUCAAAUGGACGAUCAGGAAAUGCAGUUGAAAGUAAAAAGAGUGACUGAUAAAUUCACAGAGAGUAUGUAUGUGUUGGCCAAUGAACCGUCUAUAGCGUUGUAUAGAUUACAAGAGCAUGUCAGGAGGUCCUUACCAGAGCUGGUGCAACACAAGACAGACAUGCAGAGCUGGGAGGAACAAAGCCAAGGAGCGAUAUACACUGUUGAAUAUGCAUGCAGUGCUGUUAAAAGUAUGACAAAUAGUAGCCAGUAUUUUAAGAACAUAGACGGACUGCUCCGGCAAGCAAUCUCACUAAAGGAACAGAUCAGCAACUCACAGGGACGCAGUGGUGUGAAAUCUGAAAAUAAUCCAAAUGAGACACCCACACAUGCUUCAGUCACUCCACCUUGACUCAUGGAAAUCUUUUGCCAAGGAAAAGAGCUUUGGAUCCUGGCAUGGUUAAGGAUGGAGGAGAAAAGCACAGCUCUGGGAUAUAAACUUAUGCACUCGCUUGCACAAUGAAGGAAUUUUAGGCCUAGAUAAGAUCGUAUACCAUCUCCAAAGAGUGUACCCUCCUCAUAUUGAUGAUGACUGUAAGGCCAGAAACAUACUUCAUGCAAGUACGCAAAUGCAGGUUAAAGCAUUUGGCUGAUGCUUUGCUAACGUGUGGUUCAGCUGAACAUACAUGACAUGCGUUCUUGCGUAACUGUGGUGCCAAACAAACCUCAGUACUCAAGGGGGCGAUAGAGUUACCUUUAAAAGUUUUAUAUUAUUCAGUUAAGUUGCUAUUAAUAUAUUGACUUAACCUUACCUGCUCAGUAAUGUUGUCCUCAAACUGUUGCUCCAUAGAAGUUCCAGCUAAUUUCUGCUAUAGUGCCCCUUGUGGCAAUGUUUAGAAUGCAAUGCACAAUUGCGUUGUGUUAUGAAUUGCGGUCUGACACAUUUUGGAACGCAACGACACACGAAAUCCAGCUCGCGUUGCUUAAAGUGUCUGCCUUCACAUAGUUGUGUAGAGUUUGUUUCAGCCUUAAGAAGCCUUGAUUAAAAACAAGGUCUUUUUUUAACCAUGUUUCCCAUUUAGGCAUAAAAGAUAUCAGGAUGGAUAAUGAUAUUUAUAAGCUGUUUUGAAAUGCAAGGUUUUUUGGUUACACUUUGUGCACACAAUAAAUCAUGUACAGUUUAAUGUAACUGUGUUCUACAAAUAUCUGUAAUCAUUAAACUUUUUAAUUACA